GCCCCUUCCACAGACGCCGCGCCCGCCGGCUCCGUCUUCGCCAAGGUGGAGCCGGCCAAGGUGACGGUGUACCUGAAGAACGUGGUGGAGCUGCGGCUGCAGGCCGCGGUGGCGGCGUCCACCGCCUCGACGCAGUGCCUGGUGCGCGGCCCCGACGGCCCCGGCCAGGACGCCCAGUUCGUGGAGCUGAAGAAGGACGGACAGGCCGUGCCGCAGGGCCGCCUCAGCCUGCUCGGCGACUGCGGCGUGCGGGUGCGGAACGUCAACUGGACGGACGACGGCACCUGGACGCUGAGCGCCAAGUACGACGACGUCGGCACCGCCACGGCCGAGGCCCGCGUCACCGUCAAGGACUUCCAGGGCGGCGUCCUCCCCGAGCUCCCCUCCGUCGACGAGGGCGCCCCGCUGCGACUGCACCUCACCGGCGGCAGCGUCGAGCUGCAGCCGCUCAAGUCAUGCGCCGUGGUGACGCCGAGGGGUGAGGCGGUGCCGCUCGCCCCCGACGCCAAGGAGGGCCGCGUGCAGUACGACGCCGAGGGCGGCAGCCUGGCCGACGGCUGGUGCGGCCUCAAGGUGGGCGAGGCGCAGGCCCGCGACGACGGCCCCUGGGUGCUGGAGGCCGUGGAGUCGGCCAACGGCACCGUGUACCGCGGCAAGACCAGCGUCACCGUCUUCCUGCCCAAGAUGACGGUGCAGCCCAAGGGGCCCGUGUACGUGGAGGUGGGCGACGAGGCGACGCUCGCCCUGCAGUUCGCCCAGGCCCCCGCCAAGGACCCCGACUGGAAGGUGUGCUCGGUGAAGAGCCCCGCCGGCGUCGUGGUGCAGGUGGCGGGGGAGGGCGCCGCCGACCAGGCCCAGGACGCCGGCGUCGCGUUGGUGGGGCUGGCCGAGGGGAGGUGCGCCGUGAGGGUCACUCUGUCGGACGCCAAGGCCGACACGGGCUACUGGACCAUCUCGGCAGGCCCCGACAAGGACUCCCUGCGCGCCGCCGACGUCCGCAUAUUUGUCAAAGAGCCCUACGUCCCCGUGGGCGGCAAGGUGAAGGUGGCGGUGGGCGCCGUGCAGGCCCUGCUGACGUGCGGCGUGCAGACUGACGAGGUCCUGACCUGCGAGCUCAAGGACCCCGCGGGCCGCCUGGCCGCCACACUGGCGGGGCCCUGCUUCCACAAGCUGGACAGGGUGCGCGUCGACCACCGCGGCAAGUGGACCUGCACCCUGGUGCUCAACGGCUACACGCAGGCCGCCAGCGACUACGUGCAGGUGGACCUGGACGAGCCGGCGCGCGCCGACUUGGCCGUGGCCUGGGACGGCGGCGGCGCGGUGACGCUCAAGUGCGUGGUCUCGGGCUGCGCCCUCGGCGCCCGCUACUGCCGCAUGGUGGCCCCGGACGGCGCGUCCGUCAUGCUCAAGGAGGCCGUGUCGCGGCAGGGCAGCCAGGGCGAGUACGCGUACGCCGGCGCGGGCUUCGCCAAGUGCGACUGCUCCAUGCGGAUCGCGGCGCCGCGCGACCGCCACUUCGGCGUCUGGCGCUGCUACGUGGGCGGCAAGGACUCGCGCGUCCUCGGCGGCCUCAUCCACCUCAACAAGCAGAACACGCAGGACACCCGGCCGGCGCGGUCGCACGUGUCCCACGACCUGGAAGUGGUGCCGUUCACCGUGCCGGCGACGGGCUUGGUGCGGCCCGGCACCGUCAUGACGGUGGGCUGCCGGGCGCAGCGCGCGCUGUCCUACUGCUACCUGCGCACGCCGCUCGGCCAGCAGCUCCUGCUCAGCGAGAAGACCCCCGUGUACGGCCUGUACGGCGGCGACGGCCUCGCCUUCGGGGACUGCGCCGUCAGGAUGGCCAUGACCGCCAACCACUCCGGCACCUGGCGCUGCGGCGUCGGCAUCGUGCACACCGACGACAGCCUCCCCGCCAUGGACGAGGAGGUCGACGUGCAGGUGACGGUGUCUGAGUCCCUCGCCGUGCCGGUGGAGGCCAACGUGACGGCGUUCGCGGGCAGCACGGCGACGCUGGCCUGCCGCACCGUGCUGGGCGAGGCCAUCCAGUACUGCCGCUUCCACAUGCCCGACGGCUCCAGCAUCCACCUCGCCGACGCGCAGUCUACAGCGGAAGAGCUGGUGUUCCCCUACCAGUACGCGGGGGCUGGGGGCGCGGCCGCGGCGCUGAGGGGCGGCUACUGCGGCGUCAACAUCAGCCUCGUCCGCGACAUGGACUUCGGGCCGUGGACGUGCGUCGUGGCGCUGGUCGGCGACGCGUACGGCACUGAGUACACCGCCGACCUCACGCUGCAGCUCCGCGAAUCAGACGCGGUGGUGAGCGUGGACGCGGCGCUGACGGGCAUGGCGGUGGCCUUGGCGACGGUGGUGCUGGGCGGGGCGGCUUUCCUGGUGUACCAGCGCUACUACCGGCGGCCCCGCCCCGCCUCGGCGGAGUCCAUCCCCCUAGACGACGCGCAGUCCGUGUCCAGCAGCCCCGGCCUCGCCCGGACGAGCAGCAGGGCCAGGGCGACCCGGACGGCGGCCACCAGGACGAUGACGACCAGGGCCUUGGGGGCCACGAUGCAGACGUCGCACUUGCCCGCCAGGACCGCGAGGACCAGGACGCGCUCCGGCAGGAGGGGCAGUCAGGCCGAGACGGCGGCGGCCGACUUCAGCGACUCGUCGCAGGACGUGGAGUACGAACAGUCACCGCGCACGGCCAGGAAGUCUCAGUGAACCACCUGCGGAGUGGAGUGCACGAGUGGGACUUCCCCCUGCCGCGACCGGACUUGCAGCCAAGCAGUGUUACACUACACAAAGAUCGGUGUUCUCAAUAAAAGGAAACUCAUUUGAUGACCUAGA